UGCAACAAAUCUAAUUAUUUUCCAACACUGGAGAAUAUCUAAAAAAACAAAGCAGAAAAUGUCAAACGACGUUCUCAACGAAUAUCGAAUUUAUUCGUUGCCAUUUUGUAAAGUGCUCUUAAAAUAUACGAAAGUUGGUGUAUUGGGUGUAUUGUGCGCUUUGAACGAAUUAUUAAAAAAAGGCUAUCCAGUUUGAAACUAAAGGAUAUUGUGCAAAACGCGACUAAAACUUUAUUCGUAUUAUCAAAUUAAAUAUUACGAAAUAUUUAACACAAUAAAAAGAGGCAUAAUGAGCAGUGUUUAGAGAUUCAACGAUUAUCUAAGCUAAAUACAUUAGAAGUUAGAAAACAAAAACGUUUAGCAAUGACUACGUCGGAAAUAAAAUUGAAACAGUUGUUAUGUGCUAAUGUGGAAUUGCCAACACAAACAACUAAAGAUGACAUCAUUUCUAUGGACCAUUUUCGACAAUGGUUUCUUCAGCAAUUCAAGGAGACAAACUCGCUUACUUGUGACAGCUUGCACAAUUUUGCAAUAUAUUUCUUGAAUACUAUGCGUCAACAAACUGAAAAAUAUUUGCGCACAAACGAAAUAGAGCAAACUUGCCAAACGCCUGUAAAAACAAGUAAAUUGAUAACUAAUAAUAGCGAUAUCGAUGGAUAUGAAAAAAAGAUUGCUUUCAAUACACCCAAACGUGUGUCACUAUACCCACAGAAUUCGGCGCCAACCACACCAAAUUUUGCCUCAACACCGGAGCAAGUGAAUAAAAGUAAAGGUUACUUUGAAUGCAGCCUACUUACGGACACCUCAAGCAAUUAUCGAAAUAAUGGUAAAGACAUCUCGUCUACGGUUUCUACGCCUGCUCAUUCGAUGGAACGAAGCUUAACAAGUACUUAUAAAAGUGACGCAUCUACGCCUAUGCGUCGCAAUCAGAACAGCAAUCGCCGUUCGGGAAAUAGCUCAUUGCUGCCAGUAACGCCUCAUAGCACUGAAAAGUCAGUACGCAGCAACAGCGCUACCUCCAGCUUCUGCCUUGGUGACUUUAUGGUACUCCAACAAAACAACAACCGUUCGAACCGAAAGAAAGCCACAUCUACACAAAUUCAAAACACUGCCACAUCGUCAUGUAAUGAAACUCCAACUAAUAGUAAACCCAAAAAGCGCGUAGUUCCAACCACUAUAAGUAAUCGUUCAGUUGUAGGUGCUGCGGGCGAGCUAAAAGCUUUUGGCUGCAACAGUUCAUUCAGCAAUGAUAACAAUAUACUUAAUAUAUCUAAUGCUGAAAUUGAGGAUAAAAAUAAAUGCAGUAUUAUGGCUGCUAGGAAAUCGCUGAAACUGAAUGCUGUUGUAAUAAGUAAAGAAAUGGAAAUCACAUCGAUUGGUGAGGAAGAGAAAAAUUUACGUGAAAUGGUUAAGCGGAAGCUAAGGGACGUCACAUUAAAUGUGGAAGCGGAAACAACGAAAGCUACACUUAAAGCUCAACCGCCUAUAGUAGAACUAGAAAAAAUCAAAAAUCACGCUUAUAUACAACGUUUGGCUGACAUAUAUGUAGUUUUAAUGGAUUUAAAUUUUGUAACCAACAUACUAAGUGAAAUGGCGUUUAUGGUUAAUUUGUUAAACACACAGGAGACCACGCUAGACGACCUUGAAGUUUAUACUAGCGAAGGCACAAAUAUAAAAUCCACCUCAAUUGAAGAAGAAUCGAUAGGCAUACAAAUGCUGAGUAAUAUAACAAAUUGCAUUUAUUUCGCUCUCUGUGUAAUUAGACGUCAGCGACACUUGUUUUCACAUCUCGAUAUUAAAAGUUUGGGUGUAGUUCUGCAUAACGAACGCAUUCACUGUCUUGAUACGGAUUUGAAAUUGUACUUGGAAUCUAUUUAUCACCUUAAACAAAAUUUGCACCAAGAUAAGUCGCAAGCAUUCGAAACUUCCACUACAAUCGAACGCUCGUUUAAGAGCGUUUACUAUCAAGAAGAUAAAGAUUCAAGACAGCAUUUCACCUCCAAUAACGAAUUUGGCGCCUUCAAAACUCAACGUGACCUUUUUUACAAAGUACUUAAACUGUGGGAAACUCAUCAUCUUAAUCCCAAUUGGAAUUACACACAGGAGUUGGCACCAAGAAUACGCGAAAUUUUCAAACAGUCGGAAAAUUCAAUCAAUAUGGCGCAUUUUGCCAAAUUGUUUGUCUCACAACUAUUGAUAUCAGCCAGUGAUGCAACUUCACCCGAAGACAUUGGUUUAGAUGUUGAUGCCGAAAAGUUCAGUAAACUAGCGCAACGUUUAGUCGCACCCAGUAAUUUCAGCGUCGAUUAUCAAUUUCCACGUAAUCAAGCUUUCUUUCGUGAUUUCAUUGCCGAAGCUAGAUCUAUACCAUUUACUGAACAAUUAAAAAUGGCGCUAUAUUUUCAACUAAUUACGCUAAAUAAUUCUACAUUUGAACAAACGAAUUUAUUGACUGACAACAAAGAUGCGGAUGAGCUCGAAACGGAUAAUGACAAAGGGGAGUGUGGUGAAUUUAUAGUGCGUGCUGAAACACUAGCGUCCAUGAUCAUAUUAGCGAAAUUUCUCGGCUUUGUAACCGCAUAUCCCUAUAGUCAGCACUUACAUACUGCAACCAUAUCAGGGAGCAUUGAAAAGAAGCAGUUAUUAUUACGCGGCUUAUUUAAACCGCACUUCAAUGUAUCACACCAUUUGUUAGAGGCAAUCAAAUAUAACAAAAUGCUUAUAACUUUACCAUGGUUGGUACAAUAUCUUGCAAUGCUGGAUAAUGUUACGCUACAAUUGUCCGACUUUGCCGAAACUACCCAGCUGCUAUUUGCCUUAUACACCACAAUCGGCUGUAAUUCAACACCCAGAUCUUUGACCGCAACAUCGAUAUUCAUUCUACGUUGCUGUAUGGGUUGGCUUUUUGAUACCAAACCAUUCAUAGCGGAAAAUUAUUUUAGAUAUAGAACGACGCAAACAACUACAAAUAUUGGCACGAGAACGCACGAUGAAACACACGCGGAACAUGUCGAACCAGAAAAAUUAAUUGUGGGUAUUUUAGGUGCCACGCAUGAUAGCAGCAAUGUUGCUAGUAGCAAACAUGUUUCCGUUCCAAAUGAUAACAACAUAUGUAAGGAAAUUACACUUAAUCCCUUACUUGAAUCUCUACUAACCGUUGCCUGUCCAUUUUUGGCAGAAUUUCGUGUAGCCAUAAUGCCAAGUAAAUAUGCAACAACAAAAUUGGCAUCACGCACAGGUAGAUAUCGCCAUAUAACGACACGCAUUGCCGAGCCACAAUCCUUAGCUGUUAAUUCGCCAUCACACAUUGCCUGUAACACAGACACGAAUGUCAUCAAUUCACAACGAGUGCAACAAAAUAAACUUAUUGAAGCAUUUCUGCAUUCACAGAACCCCUCCAUGCGCCGUCUUAUAGAAUUUGUCACUGAAAGAGUGUAUAAGUCGGUUGUUAAGGACGGACAACACAAAUAUAUACUGCCUACAAAAGCUACAGCUGAUAAGCGUGUAAAUGAGAUCACUUCUUCUAAUAUAGAUGAGGUGUAUAAAAUAGUAUCUAACAACUACACUAGUGCCUACGAUGAAGUGCAUCUACUUUGGGAAUCAAAUAUACCAAAACUGUUAGACGAACGCAUUGCAAUUGCUCUAGCUGCGCUGCUACCAACGGAAACAACGCCUAUAGUACAAAAAACCUACUCACAAUUGAUAAGACAAAAUGCUAUGAAACGCGUAAAACAGUGGUUUCUCGAUAAUGUACAACCAACUAGCUUUUAUUGUGGUGAUUUAAAUGAAAUCACCCAAAAAAUAUGCAAAGCAAAUAAAAAGAAACAACAAUCGUCAUCAACGUCUGAAUUGAAAAUAGUCAGUUUCAAGCCAAGCGUCUCUGAUUUACUUGACGAACUACAAUACUGGCUUCAUUGCACCUCCUUACGCCCAGAGUUACUUAUAGCAGGAUCUGAAGAAAUUGUAGCAUUUUUGCAAAGAAUACCCAAAGCAUUUGUAAAUACAUUGCCAACAAUUUUUUAUCGUCUUAUCGGCGCAGGUGUUAUACAAAUUAUUCAACAAUUAAUAAUUCAUAAGCCUUCAUGUGUAACAAUCGAAUUAAUGGAAUCAGCUUGUACAAUUCUGUUGCAUCCAAAUUUUAUUGCGCUCACAAAUACCACAGAACGUAGUAAAAAUAAUAAUAACCAAAGUAACGCACAAUCUGUCAAUAAUGUCAGUGACGACGAAAGCACUAGUACUAGUUCGACAGAUAUGAAUAGGACGCCUAAUAUUUAUGAUGCACUGAUCACGGUGGCAUUUAUCGAAGCUCUAGGAGAUAAUAGUGAUUUAUUUGGAAAACUAAAAGACUUGCUAGUUUAUAUGAUAACACAACAAGUACUUACCAUAGACAAAGUCAAUGCGUUGUUUAUACCGAUUUUCAAAGAGAAUUGGCCCAUAAACGUGCUGAAUGAAAUCUCGAAAACACUACAACGAAUUGCUGAUGAUACCGCCAAAAUAGGAAGAACGAAACGUCCUGAUAUCGCUGACGACGGCGAGAGUAGUGAAGACGAAGCCAAAUCCCAUUUAUUUAUGGAAGUAUUGGCCGAUCUCUCAAGAGACGUUGAUAAUUUAGAUUUUUAUUAAUACAACUAAAAUACUGCUUGCCUCAAUAAGUUUUAAUAGACUAAAGUGUUGCUUUGUGUGAUUUUAAUUUAUGACAUAAUAAAUUACAAUUCUAUGUUUAUUAAGCUAAGCGUUGUCGUGUUUUGUUUUUAAAACAAUGUAGGUUAUUUAUAAGUUAAAUCCAAUGAUAUUUCACAAUUAGAGCUAAUGAUUUUCUUGCUGUAAGUAAUUUAAAAAUAUUUGAAGAAAUCGCCAAAUUGACACAUUCAUUUUCAUUCGCUAAUUUUAAAUUUUUAAGCAAUAAUCACAGAACUAUUUUAUAGUCUACAUAAAAGUAUGUUAUGUAUUUUCUAAAUAAAGACAUUCAAACAUCUA